GCCCCUGCCUCUCUGAAUCCGUGAGGAAGAAUCUGCCGUCAGCAAGAUUUCACUUUGUAGCUGGCUCCUAAGUUAAGCAAAAGGUGCUGGGAUUUAUGUUGUUAAGGAGAAAUGAAAUCGACUACUAGUCGAGCUUUUCAGGUAAAUGCCAACUACUGUUUCCAUGAGUACACUAGUUCAGAACAAGGAGACUGCAGUCGCUUCAUCUUGGACCUGGAAGUAGCAAGAAGCACCGGUGGAGGCAGGAACUCCAGCUGGUGACCUUGGCACUGGCUGCUAUGUAAGGCCCCCUCUGAAGACUGAUGUUUACAGAAAGUUCCUGCAGUGCGCAUCCACAAGCUCAUUAUCAGUCAAGCUACAGCUUUGGAAGUUUGCAGGUACAAAUGAGUUUCCACCCUGCUCUGAGCUUUUGUUUCAGUGAAAACAACACAACAGAACUCACUUGUGCGAUCACUGUGAGGACAAGCCUUGCGGCUUUAGAAUCUGCUCUGGUCACUGCCUCCUUCUGCUAAUCAGCCUCCUGCCUGGCGCCUCUCUCUCCAGCCUCAAGAUCUGCAGCCUCCUUAUGCUAAUCAGCUCCCUCCUGGUGCCUCUCUCCAGCCUCAAGAUCUGCAGCCUCCUUAUGCUAAUCAGCUCCCUCCUGGCGCCUCUCUCCAGCCUCAAGAUCUGCAGCCUCCUUAUGCUAAUCAGCUCCCUCCUGGCGCCUCUCUCCAGCCUCAAGAUCCGAAGCCCAGGCAGGGAAACCACUGGGUUUGACUCACAGCCGUUUUUGUUUGUUUGUUUGUUUGUUUUUUGUGGGUGUUACUCUGGCAGGCUUCUCUACUUGAGGCUUUGAAUUUUAUGUCUGCAGGAGUAAACGAAAAAAUGUCUGAGCUGUAAUCUGUUAGAAAUAGUUAAAUUGCAGGGGUUUUUUUUUUUUUUUUUUUACCAUAAGGGGGGAUGUUUCAAUGUGUUUUGAAAUGAAAGAAAAAUUGAGUUAUGUUUUUAUGGAAGCGAACUGGUCUUCAAAUGUAGGAAAGUUAUACUGGUAAAUAUUUCGGAAUCAUAACUGGAGAAAACUUGCAGAUUAUUAAGAAAUAAAUGUUUCCUGUGCAAACACAUUAUCUGCAUGACCCUCUGUGGUUCUGGGUGUCUCGAAGAUCAUUUUGGAUGGCAGGCUAAGAGAAGCCAAAGCCUUAGAGAGCCAGGAUCAUUGUCACACUGCCAGCACCAUGUCUACACUGCAAGGGAGAGGCAGUCUCCACACCUGUGAGGACCAGCCACAAGAAAAAUCUAUCACUGUUCAACCAGUAUUUGUUUUUGAAAAGAGAGAACAAAUGUUCAAGAGGACAGACACCCCGCGUGAGGCAGCAGAGCAAGAUUCUCAUGGCUUUCUGAGAAAACGUGCACGAUCUUCAUCUUUUACUUUGCACGCUCUGGAUUCUCAGUCUCAAGGAGGUAGGUGUCCACUCAACUGUUGGCUGUCCACCUUGUGCUUACUCUGUGCAAUUACUGAGAGACUUUGCAAAGAGACAGUGUUUGAAAGUAAAGAAAACAAUGUUUUCAUGACACCAACUCUUUUGCAAAGAAAAGCUAACAUGAGCAGUUCAAAACAAAAAUACACUGACCUUUUAAUUCUGUUCUUUCAAGAUGCUGUUAGACUGUCUGAGCAAGUUCUGAGGCCUGCUACAUUGCAGCCACCUCAAACCCAAAGGUGUGAAAAAUUAAGAAAAGUAUCUGAGCACAGAUUGGAAUCCUGCAAGACCAAAGGAAAAGCAAAACAUGAAGUAAGCAAAUGAAAUUCCUCUUUGCUAAGUGAAAAUUUACCAAGUAUCAGGAUUUCAGUCCAACUGACUACUAAAUGGGGUUUUCCAGGUGCUUCUCUGGACAGCUGCCAAGCAAAUGAAGAUAUGUAUUCUUUUAAAAGCUGCAGUUCUGACUUCAUAUUUGGAGAAAACAUGAUGGAAAGAGUUCUGGGUACUCAAAAAACCACCCAGUCUCAACUUGAAAAUGAUUCAUCCACCAAGGAAAAAACAUUCAAAUCUACUCUAAAAUUUCCUCUUGAUUCUCCAAACUCAACAUUUGAAACAGAAAAAGAUAAUUGGUUGAUGAUCAGCUGCAAACUUUUCAUAUUCAACACAACCUCUGAGUCCUGGACUGAAAGAGGCAGAGGAGCCCUUAGGCUGAAGGACAUAGUAAGCAGUGGCAGCAGAACAUUCCAGUCAAGGCUAGUUAUGCACAAUCAAGGCGGCCUGAAACUGAUUCUCAAUAGCAAAAUCUGGGCUCAGAUGGAGAUUCGAAGAGCAGAUCAAAAGAAUUUAUGAAUAAAAGCUACUGACUUACAAGAAUACAGCAUCAAAGUGUUUUUAAUUCAGGCAAGUGGAACAUUUUAGCAAUAAAGAAUUGCCUUUCUACAAUUAGAGAUAUCUCCAGUUACUAAUUUGAUUUUCUUAU